AUGGUUGAAUACAACGGUGAUAAGGGGGAUCGGUCCCCGCUGCAUCCAUGGGAGUUGCAUGAUGUAGAGACGUGCUUAGUAUCCAAGGAGCUGUUGCAGGGAUUGAUAGAUGAAGGGCGAAUUGAAAUUGGCCGCGUAAUGAGGGAGGAAGGAGAGGUGUUCAUGCAGUCAAGUGACACCAACCUGGGUAAGCCUAAACCUUUGGUAAUUCAUUUUACCAGAGAUGUUACCACUCAAGUGCCUCGAGGUUUCCAACCCGUUGUGGUGAGAACACCAUCUCCAUUCCCUUACAAAAGUGACAAGGCGAUGCCAUGGAGGUAUGACAUACAAGGAUCCUACGGAAGGCAAGACGCGUCUGUCAUGUGUGUUGGGGCUAGCAUGCCGACUACUAAGAUUACGAAUAUUUCUAGUAUGAGUGGCAUGAUGAGUAGUGGGCAUCUUUUUGCUCCUCCCGAACUACUGGCAAAGUCGAAUGACAAGGGAAAGACGAGGGAGGAUGUGGUCGAAAGGGAGAAUGUAGGCCCUGUGAUGAAUAACAAGGCCCCUGUCAAAAAGCCCAUGGAGGAAGAAGACAGUUUUGGCAAGAAAGAGAUAUUUACUGAGGAAGCAACAAAAUUUCCGAGAAUCAUUCAGCAGAGCGAAUUCAAGGUAAUUGAACAGUUGAACAAAAUGCCGGCCAGGAUCCCUUUGUUGGGACUACUCAUGCAUUCUAAGCCUCAUCGGAAGUUGCUGAUGAAAAUUUUAAAUGAGGCCCAUGUGGCGCAUGACAUCUCAAUGGAGAAGUUUAGGAGGAUAGUCAAUAAUAUCACUGCAAGUAAUUAUUUGACUUUCACUGAGGAGGAGUUGCCAAUUGAAGGGAGAGGGCAUAAUAAGGCUCUGCAUGUGUCGGUCAAAUGUGUGGAUCACAUGGUGGCUAAGGUGCUUGUGGAAAAUGGCUCUUCUCUUAAUGUCAUGCCUAAAACGACAUUAGACAAGUUGUUGUUUGACGCCUCGUACAUGAGGCCAAGCUCUAUGGUGGUCAGAGCCUUCGAUGGCAGUCGUCGUGAUGUGAAAGGGGAAAUUGAUCUCCCGAUCCAAAUUGGCCCAUGCACAUUCCAAAUCACCUUCCAAGUCAUGGACAUAACUCCCACUUAUAGUUGUUUUCUAGGUCGACCUUGGAUCCAUUCUAUUGGAGUAGACCCAUCAUCUUUGCAUCAGAAAUUGAAAUUUGUGGUGGGGGGUCAACUUAUUAUAGUAUUAGGUGAGGAGGACAUACUAGUAAGUUGUUUGUCUUCUACGCCAUAUGUUGAAGCAGCGGAGGAGUCACUAGAAACAUCAUUUCAAGCAUUGGAAAUUAUGAAUAGUGCUUAUGUGGAGUCUCCUCCAAUACAACCACAUUUGCCUGAUACCUCUUUGAUGGUAGCUUGA